AUGGCAGUGGCACACGACAGUGACAUCAUUCGAAGGAUUCCGGAAGGAUCCCCACGAAAGCGCAAGCGAGGAUACCAAGAGAUUGCCUUUUUUCGGACUUUGAGGGAUGCUGUUAGCCAAAAGAAGUCAGUCAGAGAGAUGGAAGCUACUUCUUCGAGCAAAAGACGUCGGACUACCAAGAAACCCCGUCUUGUCGAGACAGUGAAUUCCCUACCAUUGAACGAAUUCAUUGAUCGCUAUGUUCCGCCCUGUACAAUACAUACUCAACCUGCUCAGGAUAAUGGAGACGACAACCAAGAAAAAAAACAAAUGCCCCGAAUCAAUAGUGAUGAUUCUCAAGGCUAUUCGAUCCAAAUACACACGUCGUCAACAAUUCCCAAAACUCAUUUUGACGCAUGCUUUUCCCUGAUCAAGCUUACAAGCGCAGAAACAUAUAAGAGUUCACGUAAUGGAUGGUCUCCAGCAAAAAAGAAGGCGGAGAUGAAGCUUCCAGAUAUGCGCUAUCUGCUUCUGAUGCGUAAACCAAACGGAUCAAAUAAUUUGAAGGAGCAUAUGGCGCCAUUAGGAGAUGAUGAUUUAGGCGGUUUCCUCUCCUUUAUGACAACAUACGAGGAUGGAUUACCUGUUUUAUAUUGUUAUGAGAUUCAUGUGGCUCCGAAAUUGCAGCGUAAGGGGGUAGGAAACAAGAUGAUGCGCAUAUAUGAGAAUAUCGGAAGAAAUAUCGGAUUAGAGAAAGCUAUGUUAACCGUUUACAAAUCAAACAUACAUGGCUUGCGGUUUUACGAACGACUCGGCUUUGUCGAAGAUGAGUCUUCUCCAAGGCCGAUGAUGCUGAGGAAUGGUCAUGCAAUGAACUUUGAUUACAUGAUAUUGUCCAAAUCCCUGAAGGGUAUGGACGAGUCGCAGGAUAUUCAAAGUGAUAGGAAGAAUGCUUCAAAUAACGUAUAG